UGCAACACUUUGAAGGAGUUGAUAAGCUGUGCAGGGAGUAGAAAGUAAUUUGGCCUUGGCCAUGCCAGAUCACUGAAGCAACUCUAAGAUGUAUUUUCUUUGCUGAGGAGCAAGCCUGCAGAAGUGUGAUGAACCUCUACGCCAAGAAAACAGGACAACCUGCCGAGGUCGCGAAAGUGGAAAUUUGUGUAUCUUGCUAAUUGAACAACUAUGACAUACAAAAGGAGAGUGAUGUUAAUACUUUAUUUGAUGAGAUGACAAAAGAUGUUGAACAACCCUCAAAUAGGCAUGACCAAGACGUUGAUGCCAAAGAUCCAACGAAGGAACAAACACAUGGGGAAAUCCAAGUAUCAUGUUGGAGUCACUCCUGCUACCCCGAGGUUCAUCAUUCCGAGUCACCUCGACCACCUUGGGGUCACUCUAGCCACCCCGCGGUCAAUACCUCAGGUUACCUCAUCCACCUCAGUCCACCACCCCAGUUCUCCUCGACCACCUUGGGGUCACUUUUGAUACCACCUAGGUCAACCACCUCAGAUUACCUUGGGGUCACUCUAGCUACCCCUGGGGUCAAUCACCCCGGGUCACAUCAGUCACUUUGGAGUCUUCUCGACCACCCCCGACGUCAAUCAUUCCGGGUCACCUCGGCGUGAGGGUGAAGGGAGAGGAUUAAAGGGUGGGUCCUGGGACCCACUCUGGCUCGGGAGCAAAAAUGUUAAAUUAGCUAUAAUAGUUAAUCGAGUAUGAAAAUUAACACGUAUUUAAAUG